AUGGCAGAUAUUGCUUUUACACAAAAUGACUUUAAGGGUUGGAAUAAGACUUUGGAGAGAUUCGGAAAUCAUAUUGGAGAGGUUAAUAGCAUUUACAACAAGUGUGUCAACAUGAUGAUUGACUUGAUGAAUCAAUCACAAUCAAUUCGCAUAUCUUUUGACAAGCAUUCCGAGAAAGAAAAAAUUGAAUCUCGUCGUCGCUUGAGUGCUUCAAUUGAUGUAGUAAGGUUUCUUUUGAGAUUGGGAUUGUCAUUUUGUGGUCAUGAUGAAAGUGUAUCAUCUACAAAUAGAGAUAUUGUUGAUGUUUGUGCAAAAGAAACAAUCAAGGUUAUCAUGGAAGACUUAGAUGGUGAUUAUUUCAGGAUACUAGUUGAUGAAUCAACAGAUAUAUCACAUAAGGAGCAAAUGGCUCUUGUUCUGCGAUAUGUUGACAAAAAAUGUGAAGUGAUAGGACGAUUUGUUGGUGUUGUCCAUAUUAGUGAUACCUCUGCACGGUCAUUGGAGGAGUCAAUCUAUUCUUUUCUUUUAGAUCACUCACUAAGUCCGUACAAAAUUUGUGGACAAGGUUAUGAUGGUGCAAUUACUAAUGUGUUGAAUAUUUUUGGAGCAUCUUAUAAGUACAGGAAUUUGCUCAGACAACAUCAAGCUGCAAAGUUAGAGGAAUUGAUCAUUUCUGGUGAAGUGCACACAGGACGGGAACUAAAUCAAGAAUGCGGACUUCAAUGGCCAUGUGAUACUCGUUGGGGUUCUCACUGGAAGACAUUAGAGAACUUCAUUAACAUAUUUUCAUCAAUUCUUUAUAUGCUUGGAUUUGCUUUACGUGAGUGCCCAAAUUAUCUUGAUAGACUUAUAGCUGAAACUCUUGAGAAUACGAUUAAGGAGUUUGAUUUUGCUUUUAUGUUACACUUGAUGUUGAAAGUUCUAAUGAUAGCAAAUCAUUUGAACUCCUUAUUACAAAAGAUGGAUCAAGAUAUUUUCAAUGAUCUGAAACUACUCAAUACUGCAAAGCAAGAGUUGCAAAGGACGAGAGAUAGUGGAUGGAGAUCAUUACUAGAUGAUGUCUUUUUUUUGUGA